AUGACCAAGUUUACGUUCGAGAUCGACGUCUACUCAGACACCAUCUGCCCAUGGUGCUACAUCGGCAAGAAGGCUCUCGACAACGCCAUAGCCACUUACACGGCACAACAUCCCGACGCCGAGUUCAAGUUGACAUGGAAGCCGUAUAUGCUGUGGCCCCAUGCGAGGGUCUCCGCAUUUGACAAAGGGGAACUUCUGCGCGCCAUCUACGGCCCGGAUGCGCCCGCCAUGUUGGAGCGCUUCACCCGACUCGGAGCGGAGUACGGCAUCGACUUCCGGUGGGGCGGUAAGACGGGCAACACGCGGGACUCGCACAAGCUGAUCCUGCUGGCGAUGGAGCGAGACGAGGCCGAAGCG